UGCAACCUGGGUCCUCUACCGGGCGAUGAAUGGGGUUACACAGCAAUGUUUGACAGAGAAAACGGAGGCGGGUUUCUGAUAGAUCAUUUCCCUUGCGCAGCCAAAGCUAUAUGGUAUUUCGAAGGAAUCUAUGCAUACUCGCACAAAUACCGGGUGUGAGGUUUCCAGGUUUGACUCACCCUGGAUUAAUUGGAACUGCACCAUGUAAGGAACUCCUGAACAUAUGGAACGACAGGGAAAGAGAGGUCGAAGAAAAUGGACCGCAGAAUCUCAAGCUAUGUGAGGUCUUGCAUUCAAGGCCACUAGCAAACUUACCAUCAACAAAAGGCUGCCUCCUUGGCAAGAUUCAAGGAGGCACUCCUGAAUGGGAAAGGAUCGCGAGGGAAGCUGCAAGAACAAUUCCGGGAAGAGAAAAUGGGGGAAACUGCGACAUCAAAAAUCUAAGUAGGGGUUCAAAGAUAUAUCUCCCAGUUUUUGUGGAAGGAGCAAACCUCAGCACCGGCGAUAUGCACUUCUCUCAGGGCGAUGGUGAGAUCUCCUUCUGCGGGGCGAUCGAGAUGAGCGGCUUCUUAGAGCUCAAAUGCGAAAUCAUCAGGGGAGGGAUGAAAGAGUACCUGACACCAAUGGGACCGACUCCCCUCCAUGUGAACCCAAUUUUCGAGAUAGGACCGGUGGAUCCGAAAUUUUCAGAAUGGCUGGUGUUUGAGGGGAUCAGCGUUGAUGAGAGCGGAAGGCAGCAUUACCUUGAUGCCACCGUCGCAUUCAAGCGGGCAGUUCUAAACGCCAUCGACUACCUCCCCAAAUUCGGCUACUCCAAGGAGCAGAUGUAUCUUCUACUGUCCUGCUGCCCAUGUGAAGGAAGGAUAUCUGGAAUUGUGGAUUCACCUAAUGCUGUAGCAACACUAGCAAUCCCCACAUCCAUCUUUGAUCAGGAUAUUCGUCCGAAGAACAAGAUUCCAGUAGGGCCUCGGCUAGUCAGGAAGCCAGAUGUCCUAAAGUGCACUUAUGACGGGAAUCUUCCUAUAACAAAGAACCUCAGCGCCACUAUGUAGUCUUCGCUCAGGUGGCCAAAAUCACAAUAGUCAAGGAAACCAUAUGUGGCGCUCCUCUUCCUAUUCCACCUCUACGAAGUAUAAGUUUUUGAAAUUUUC